AUAUAUAAACCACAUCGAAAAUCCCCUUUAUUCAAAUUUUGUCUUCAAUCCAGCAGCGUUGUGCAGUUUUGCUUGUUAAAAUGAUUUCUUCGAAUUACAGAAUGGUGGAGAAUCAGUUCCCGCACUAUUACAACCCUUACGCACCCUACGAGGCUCCAGACCAAUUUUCCUAUUUUCGAUAUUUUGACCCGUAUUUAUCCAGGAUGGAAAUGUCAGAAGAACAUUUGGAUGUGUUGCCACCAGUUUCUCCAAACAGCACACAGAGUGACAGUGAAAACUCCGUGUCGAGUGUAGAAAUCCCUGAAAAGGAACUUCGUCUAUCUAGUCAAAUUAUCAAGUCUACUGAGUUAAGUCAGGUUCAAUGUCGAUGGAGAUCCUGUGACAUCCUUUUUCCAUCUUUAGAUCAGCUAGCGUCUCACGUUUCCAAAGUCCAUUCUGCCAGUGGACUUGGUGGAUUGUUUUAUUGCGGUUGGGAGGGAUGUACGAGAAACAAUAAGGGAUUUAAUGCAAGGUAUAAGAUGUUGGUUCAUGUUCGCACCCACACAAACGAGAAACCUCACAAAUGUUUUCAAUGUGAAAAAUCAUUCUCCAGAGCAGAAAACUUAAAAAUUCACUCUAGAUCCCACAGCGGCGAAAAGCCAUACGUAUGUCCUGUAUCCGGUUGCAAUAAGGCCUACUCGAACUCUAGUGAUAGAUUUAAGCAUACAAGAACCCACCAAGUCGAUAAACCAUAUCAGUGUAAAGUGCCCGGUUGCCCGAAAAGGUAUACAGACCCAAGCAGUUUAAGAAAACACGUGAAGACGUACAAACAUUUCGUUAUUGAGAAUCAAAAAAACGAAAAUACUCCUACCGUUGAUGCAAAUAUUGUUGAAAAUAAAGUGGAAGUACCUAAUGUUGAACCCAUGUUUCGAGAAAACGUCAUCAGACAUCCUUGUGACUGCAAUAGAGUAUGUUGUAUUACAAAGUGUGUUACCAGUAGAUCUGAACUAUUUAGAAUAGGAAAUUUGAUUAAUCUGAAAGAAUCGGAAAAAAGUACGUGGAAUAGCUAUGUAGAUCCAUUUGUAAUAGAACAAAAUAAUGUAUAUGCAUCUUAUGAAGAAAGUAUGCAAAUUGAUGUACCUCUAGAUUUGAGUUUGCAUAGAAAAGAUUUUUAAGACUGUUUUUGUUUUGGAUUCACUGAUAUUUUAGAUUUUACAUUGCAUUUUUUAUUUUUUACUUAUAAAUAUGGCAAUAUUGAAAUGUGAUAUUAAUAUAAUUAUUUAUGUGUGUUCUGUAAACCGUUUUUAAUAAAAAAAUAUA